AUGGAGACCUGGCUCGGGGUCCUCGUCUCUCUCUGCAUUGCUGCUUUCUUCUUCCCAUUGCUCUUCUCCAAGCCCAAGAAGAAGCUCCCUCCUGGACCCUUUGCCUUUCCAAUCAUCAGCAGCUACCUAUGGCUUCGGAAAUCUUACACAGAACUUGAGCCAAUCCUCAGAAACCUUCACGCUAAGCAUGGUCCAAUCGUCUCCCUCCCACUUGGCAACAGCCCAGCAAUCUUCGUCGCGAGUGCCUCCCUGGCUCACGAAGCGUUAGUUCAAAACGCAGCAGUUUUCGCCCACCGCCCCGUUCCUCCGGUUACCAACAAAGUUAUUGGCAGCAACCAGCACAACGUGAGCUCCGCCGGUUACGGUCCCACCUGGCGCCUCCUCCGCCGCAACCUCACUACAGAAAUCCUCAACCCCUUGCGCCUAAAAGCGUACUCCCGAGCCCGCAAAUGGGUGCUGGAGAUUCUCUUCUCUCGGCUUCUCAGGAGCUCUGAAACCGGAGAUGGGGUGGUACGCGUGGUGGAUGACUUCCACUUCGCCAUGUUUUGCUUGCUGGUUCUGAUGUGCUUCGGGGAUCAGCUUGAGGAGGAGAAGGUGAGAGAAAUCGAAGCUGCUCAGCUGCGAGUUUUGGCCGGUUUUGGCACGUUCAAUAUGCUCAAUUUCUGGCCUACCAUAGGAAAGAUCUUGUUUCGGAAGCGUUGGGAGAAGUUCCUGCAGCUUCGCAAGCAUCAAGAAAAUGUGCUGAUCCCUCUUAUAAGGGCCAGAGAGCGCUUGAAGGAGGAAUUACAAAGCAAACAACAAGAAGAUUCCGACAAUGAAGACAGCAGUCGUAUAACAGUCUACGUUGAUACUUUGCUGGAUCUGCAACUGCCUGACGAGAAGAGGAAGCUCAAUGACAGCGAACUGGUUAGUUUGUGCUCCGAGUUUCUCAACGCAGGGACACAUACUACUUACACAUCGCUGCAGUGGAUCAUGGCAAACCUGGUGAAGUACCCGCAUAUUCAGGCCAAGGUCUUUGAAGAGAUUAGUGGGGUUAAGGGGACAAGAGAGGACGAGGUGAAGCAGGAAGAUUUGCAGAAGAUGCCAUACUUGAAGGCUGUGAUCUUGGAAGGUUUGAGGCGUCAUCCUCCUGGACACUUCGGCUUGCCUCAUGCAGUGGACCAAGAUGUAAAUCUGGGUGGCUAUACAAUCCCCCAAAACGCUAACAUCUUUUUCAUGGUAGCAGAGAUCGCAUGGAACCCUGAAGUGUGGGAAGAUCCACUGGAGUUCAAGCCAGAGAGGUUCUUGACUGGAGAUGGGGUAGAAGCAUUCGAUGUGACUGGGAGCAAGGAGAUCAAAAUGAUGCCAUUCGGUGCAGGAAGGAGGGUUUGCCCUGGUAAUGGUUUAGGAAUUUUUCAUUUGGAGUACUUUGUGGCCAAUUUGAUUUGGAAGUUCAAAUGGACUGCUGUGGAUGGAGAUGAUGUUGAUCUCUCUGAGAAAAAAGUUUCAGCCCUUCUGCCAGUGCUGAUGCAGAAUCCAUUGAAGGCUCACAUCUCUCCAAGGGCCAAAUGAAAUGAAGAAAUGCAUAUGCAAUAUUGCAGGUUUGUUGAAUAAGGUCAGCCCAAGUGAUGAGUAAGGAGAAUAAAGUCCAAGUCCUUCCCAGGCAAAAUUUUAUAUGUAAUAAAUGAUAUUAAUAGAGUUCCCUAGAUUUGUGAGUGUUGUCAUUUUAUUGUCAUUGGACAUGUGUU